AUGGACGUCAACGGGGACGGCUGCAUGAGCGCCGACGAGUUCGCCAGCGGGCUCAUCCGGCACCACAUCGGGGAGGACAUGAUGGAGCUGCGCAAGUUCUUCCUGCAGAUCCACGGCGCCACUCUGGGCCGCGUGCCCUUCGCCAAGGUGGCGCAGCACUGCGUGGCGCAGUCCCAGCAACCCGCCACCCCGGCAGCGGUUCCGGCGCACGUUGCACCCAGGCACGCUCCACCAACUCUGACGCACACGGCAGCCGCGCGGCAGCCGCCAUCCCCGGCUCACGUUGCCCCCGCAGCCGCGGCCAGGCCGGCCGCGGUGGCCGCGGCGGCGCAGGGCGCCGCGAGCGCCGAGCAGCAGGCGGCGGACGUCGUCGGCCGGAUCCGCGGGGCGCUCGGGCGCCUGGACCCCAUCUCCCAGGUGGAGGACGUGUACUCCAGGAGCAUGAAGUCGAACAAGGGGGUGCUCACCCGUUCAGACUUCGACCUCUUCGUCAAGAACUUCCAGAAGACCAUCGGCCAGGACGCUCUGGCUCACGUCUGGAGCAUCAUGGGCCAGCACGCCAGCACCUCGGUGCUGCCGUUCGAGUCUUUCUGCAGGCAAUUCUGCCCAGACUCGCUGGACAGGGCUGCGCCGCAGCUGGCAAACGGCAAGGAGCUGCUCGGUUAUUUGCACCGCCUGUGGCGGUGGCUGCAGGAUCGUGGCAGCACGGUCCACACCACAUUCGCGCCCUUCGACACUGGCGGAAGAGGCGCGCUCUUCUUCGACGACUUCCUCCGGGCCUGCAAGGACUCCAGGAUCACGCUGGCGCGGGUAGAGGUCGAGAGGAUCUUCUUCCGCCUGUCCCCGGACGGGGGGCAGGUCGCCUUGGAGCGCCUCGCUGCCGCCGUGCAGGAGGCGGCCAGCGUUCCGGAGGCGGCCUGGGCUCGGGAGCAGGUCGUCGGCAUCAACGCCCGGGCGGCGCAGGGCGGCCAGCUGCUGGAGGCCGCCUUCGCGCAGAAGCGCAAGGAGGCGAUCGCCCUGGGCGACGUGCAGGCGGAGUUCGUGAAGCACCUCACCAUCGACCAAGAGCAGUGGGCCAUGCUGGCGUCCUUCAUCGACAAGCAGUCCGACGGCCAGGCCCUGUGGCACGACUUCCUGCGCUGGGCCGGAGUGGUGAACCGCUGACGUUGCCCCUAAUGCCGCAGGAGGAUGUGGUGUUGGGAGGGCGAGGAUCCGUUCCGCGGCGACCGCGUCAUAGACCUUAGACGAAGCAGGCGCCUCGGCGCGCUUUAGGCGUCAACCAGAGGACUUCGACCGCUUGCGAGCGGCCCCGACUGCACCAGUCUGCGCCUGCGGUGCGACCCGCGGAGGCGGAAAGAGGAGGAGGAGAAGAGGAGGGAGGCUUGUGGUCCACGCCCGUCUCCCCGCGCUCACUCCGUAGGAGGUGCGCUUACUCUGCGGGCGGAUGUCGCACCGGCGCGGGGUUGCCCGGCGCGAGGCGCCGCGAACAAAAUUGGCUCGUCCUCCA